GAAUAUCACGUAUGGCCAAUGCGGUAGAAAUUAUUAGUCAAUAUCAGAAGUGCAGUGAAAUAGCAUUAGUGGGGGUCUCCAAAUAUACUGUGACUUGGAUUUUGAGUUUUAAUCUAUUUGGGAGGAGAGAUAAACUUGAAGGUUUCCUUCCCUGCAGGCGGAGCAGGAUGUGGCAAGAGAUAGCGCUUCUGCUGCUCCUUGUCGCUCGGACCUGGGCUGGCCAGAUCGUCGGGAACUCAUGGUUCGACUAUUACACCACAAUCCUACGUGUCUACAUGAUCGACCUAACGACGGAUCAACUGACGUUCCACCUGAACUCCCUGCUGGAGAGGUUCCAGUUCCCGCACCCCGAGGACCACAUCCACCGCGCCCUCGUCAUAGCCUUUAGCGCCCUCAUAUUCAUCAUCAACGAGAUGGAGGACACAGCUCGCAUGCUGCUGAACCUUGAGUAUCAACAUUAGCAGCAUUAAGGGGCAGUUAUGUUGACUUUAUGAGUAAACGUAGUCUGCCAUGUACUUCCUGCUUGAUUCAGGUUGACAUUCAAAAAUCCGGCCUUCGGUACUUCACCUUCAAAUUUCCGGCAUUAAAUUUCGAGUGUUGUUACUGUCAGUCAUGAGGUUGAUCAUCCUGACAGCCCAUCUGUUAUUUAGCUUCCUUUCGAAAGUACAGUAGUUGACAAAAUUCAGAUAAUUAUUUUACCAAAUUUUAUAAAUAUGUAGAACUGUUUUAUUCAGUUGAGCUAGAACUCUUUAGAACUGUUACAUUUAAUUGGUGUACAUAAAUUUUUAUUUGUUUUUCAAUUAUUUGAAUUUUCUUUUUUUAAGGACUGCACAUAAUUAUUUUCUGUUAACUAGAUAAAGCGCAUAUGACAAUCAUAAAAUCCGGUAUAUUUGAAAGUCCGGCACUCCUCAGGUCCGCGGGUUGCCGGAUUUUUAAUGUCAACCUGUGUUAUUAUUAUUGUAGUUGAUGCUGUUGCAAUUUAUAAUCAUUCUUAGUAUCAUUGUUGUUAUGAUGUUUGAUUAUUUUUAGUAGUAGUAUUUUGUUGUAAUCAUCAUUAUUAUUAGUUGUUAUCGAUAUUGUUAUUUUAUCA